UAUAAUAAUAAUUACCAAACAGUUUAAUAGUGUAUACUAUUUACUACUACUACUACUACUAGUGUUUGAUAUUUAUUUGCCACUGAUUUUUUUUGUGGUCACGUUUGUGUGUGUGGGGGGACAGUUGGUGUGUGUUUAGCUACUGGUGCUGCUGAUGGUAGUAGUAGUAGUGUGGCUGCGGGUGUGUGUGUGUGUGUGUGUGAUUGAUUGAAAAGAUAUUAUGGUUGACCAGUGGAUGGUUACUACUACUGGAUCAGCUGCAGCAGGAGGUUAUCCUAAUUAUAACAAAAUGGACCGUGGUAAUGCAUUUUCGUGCAUGAAAUACACGCUAAUAUUUAUCAAUGUUUUCGGUUUCAUACUAUCCAUAUUCAAUGCACUGUUCGGUAUCGGCUAUCCCCAUAACUACUGGCCAGGUGGCUAUACGGGYGGCCAAAUGGCCAUUUGUUCCCUGUUUGUUAUGGCCUUUACUACCGUCGGCUAUUGCGGUGCACACCAUCACAAAAGCUAUCUACUGAUUGUCUACGGUUUUAUUAUAUUGUUGUUGUGCGGCGGCAAYGGUGUCGUCUAUUUCAUCUACAACGACAAGUCCAUCAUCGGUUCAAUUAGCAAUGUCAAUCUGGCCAUACUGGCCCUGUUCACCCUGUUUGUACUGUUUCUGACAUUUACCCUGACAUUCAAAUUGCGUACAACCCGUUCAAACAUACCGGUACUCGGUAUGGGUGUUGGCGUAGGUGGCGGUGGUCCACAUGUUGUCCGAUGCUCGACACCGACAGCCCUAUUACAACGGGCCGAUAGUGCCCAACAACAACAACAACAGCUAUUACUACACCAACAACAACAACACCAUCAGCAACAGCAACAACAACAGCAGCAAAAUAGUGCCACCAAUUAUACGACUACUACGACAACUACAUCAUCGGCCACACAUCCCUGUCCUGUUCCCGGUUGCAACUAUGGCAAAGUUAUUACAUCAACAUCAUAG